UGAAAGCAAAGAUGAGAACAAAAUGCUUGUAUGUGAUGUGUGUGACAAAGGCUUUCAUACCUACUGUCUACGACCACCCGUGUCUAGUAUUCCUCGAAACGGUUUCAAAUGUGAACGCUGUCGUGUUUGUUUGGACUGUGGAGCCGGUCGUGCCACAUUUCUCAGCGGACUGGAUUCACCAGUCGAGUUAACCAACUUGCAACUGCCAGUCAUCAAAUGGCACGGGAAUUAUACGCUUUGUGAUAGAUGUUUCAAUUCACGCAAACGUCCCACAGCUAUUUGUCCGGUUUGUGAACGUGCUUGGCGUUGCUCGCUUCCUGUGCCCAAUUAUCUGGCCAGUUCGUUGUCCGGUUCUCCGUCUGCACUCACCUGGCCCGGGAAGCGGUGUACCAAAUGCCGUCGAAUGGUUCACGCAGAUUGUGACCCAUCUCAGUCUGUUGGUCCUUCAACAGGUUCUCCAUCUUCCACCCCUAGCGAGGAUGCGAAUUCGUCAAGCGGUUCUGGUUACGUUUGUGUGAUCUGCCGUGUGCGUGGAUCCGCCACUCCGAGCGAGGUCGCUUCUGCCACGGCAUCUCUCCGAGCAAGUCCACUUCCAGGCUGUGGCAACAGCAGCAAUAGUGGUGGGGAUUUGGUCGAGGAAUCAUUUCCAGCCGCCUUGGCUUCCACACCGGGUAUGCGUGAAAUGAUACUUGAUGAUGUCACAUCUCGUACCGGUUUGACAGCUCCGGUGUCGAUGGGUGCUGGAAUGACCGGAACAUCGUGGGCUAACACACCUUCGAGUUGCACGUCUAAUUCAACCACACCGAAUACUGAACCGGGUAAACAACAAAUAACCUUACCAACUCCACAGGAAACACCUCUUACUUCGACUCCCGUAACAGCUCCAACUGCAAUCCCGGUGACUACAACAGGCGGAGCUCGAGGAGCUUCCUCGUCACCUCGGUUGCAUACGAAAAGUGGGCCUCUUUCCACGCGAGCAUUGAGCACUAGUUCUUUACCGUCCCGCUCACUGGAAACUACUGGUAGUGUUUCUGCGUCCACAUCAGGUCGUAAGCGGGGCAGCAGUGUGGUGAGCACGGGCUACGUGGAAUCUUCGGGACACAAAUCUCAUAACAAAGUGAGUCAAACCUCUCAAUAUGUGCUAAUAGCAAAAAGUAGUUGUUAUUGUCCCCAACCAGUCCAUUGA